AUGCGAUUCCUCUGCGGCGUUCCCUGCAUGGACGCUGUCGUCGACGACGACGUGUGCGACAACGCGCGACUGGCAACACCAGACACUACCGCAGCGGUCCUCCGCAAGUCCGCGCAAGCGGAAGGAGCUGCGCAACACGGGGAAGGAAUCCUCCCCAGGCUGCCUGUCCCCAGGCUCGGCAGCGGAAGCCCCGCGGGGCGUCGGGGGAGCGGCGGCGUAUGCCAAGCCGCGGGCGCUGCUGCGCCUUCCGCCAACGGCACCGCUGGCGGAAGCCACGUGGUAGCUGGUCGCGCAAGCCGCAGCAGGCACGGCAGCGGAAGCGGCGGAGGGAGCGGGAGUAGCGGGGGGCUGGACGAGUGGGUGGGGGAGAGGAGCGAGCGGUGGUUGGGCUCCAACGGCUCUCACGCGGGAAACGCGGCGGAAUCGGCGGGAGAAUCGUCAGACGAGGACGACGCGAGCGACAGCGGGAUCAUGUUCGCUGGGGCCAAAGCGGAGCUCGCUGAGCGCAUUUGGCGGCGGCAAGUGCGGGGAGCAAUGAGUAAGGAAGGUGCGGGAAGGGAGGGGGAAGCGGAGGAGGGGACGCGAAGGGACGAGGGCGCAAGAGAUGAGGGGCGCGGGAACGAUGCGCGCGCAGGGGAGCGGGAGCGUCGGGGGGAGGAGGUGGAGAUGAUUCGACUGUUGAAGGAGCGGAAAGAGCGGCAGCAGCAGCGCCAGCAGCAGCAACAGCAGCUGCAGCGGCAGAAGCGGCAAGGCCUCUAUCCGGAAACGGGUGGCAUGGGCACAGAAUGCGGCAGCUCGGCGAAACACUAUAUCGAGGACACGACUCGCCGAUUAGCGGAGCACGAGGAUAGGGGGGACGAGGAUGGGAGGGGAAGGGGGCAUGAAGAUGGGGGGGAUGUGGGCAGCGGGACGAGCGGCGGGCGGAACUAUUGGCGGGAAGUGGUGCGCCAAGGCUGCGCUGAGCGCGGGGAACACGGCGGGAUGGCGCAAGCGGAGGCGCGGAAACAGAUGGCGGAACCCGCGCAGAGGAAGGCGGAAGCGCAGGGGAGGGGACAAGCGGGAGUGGAGUCACGGGGGGCGGAGGCGGAGGGUAACACCUGCGACAGUGCGAGGGACAGUGAAGAGAGUGCUUUUAGCGAGGAUAGCUGGGAGAGGAGCGGGGAAGAACGCGCGAGGGAAGAACUUGGGGGAGUCGACGCGCGCGGGGAGGGGGAGAGACGGGGUGGCGCAGGAGAAGAAGCGGAAGAAGACGUAGACGCGCUAGAAGAUGAUUCGUCACCCGUUAAGAAGCUGUGGCAGGGGCUUAUGGGUUCAACGGGUGCUGGUGACACCACAGUUGGAAGUACUAGUGGUGCUAAUGCUGAUUGUACUGUACCUGGUCUUAGCGGCGCUGCUGUGUCUGCCGCUGCUGGCGGCGGCGGUAGCAGCGGCGUGUGCGGUGGGGGACAGGGGGGCAUGACGCCUAGGCGACGCGCGAAGAUGAUUCGACUGCUGGAGGAGGUGAGGGAGGAGGAGGGGGAGGGGGAUGAGGCGGAGAGAGAGGAGGGGAAGAGGGAGGAUGAGGGGGAGAGGGAGAAGGAAGGGGGGGAGAGGGAGGAGAAGAGGCAGAAAGGGUUGGGGAAUGAGAUGAUGAGUCCUGGUAAAGGGGUGGGUUGGCAGGGGGCGAACAUGGAAGAAGUGGGAGAAGGAGGAGGAGAAAGCGGGGAGGAGAGGGAGACUGGGUUUGACGAGAGGGAGAUGGGUUUUGAGGAAUCGCUUGGUGUGUGGAGAGCGAGAGAGGAGGCAUCGUGGCGCGAGAGGGUGGCGGGGUGGGAGGAGCGGAGAGGGGGCGAGGCAUGGGCGGAGGAGGAUGAUGGGGACGAGGGAGAAGGGGAGGGAGAGGGGGAGAGGGAAGGGUCAGAGCUUGUGAGAGAGGGACGAGAGGAGCAAGGGGAGUCGGUUGGAAGGGUUGGGGUGGUGGAACAGAGCUUGCAGUGGUUGGGUUCGGUUCUACAAGAGGAGGGAGGAGGGAUGGAGAGAAGCAGAGGAGAGAACGACAGAGGGCUGGCAGUACAGUACGAGCUUACAGCACAGCAUGACUUAACAGCACAGCAAGAGCAUUCACUCACGUCCUCCUAUGUGACCUUCGACUCACAGCCAUCGCCCACACCAUCCGGUUCCGAUGCAGCUGACACAGCAACAUCGGCUCUAGCACCCGCCCCCUCCCUCUCCCCUCCAACCUCCUCCACUGCUCCCUCCCUCUCCCCCCUGACUUCUUCCACUGCUCCCUCCUCCCCUCCGCUCCUCACUGCUUCCGCCCCUGCCGACCCUGCGCCUCCUCGUGCCGCCGAGCCUCCAUUGCCGAGCCUGAACCCGGUGGAGCCGAGCCUGGCGGCGGUUCGGCCGAGGCUGACGUCGAGUGUGAUUCGGAACGCGCACCGCAAGGAAACGCCAGCGGUGCAGUCAGGUGCAGAGGUAGCCGGAGCAGUUGCCUGGGCUGCAAUAGAGAGUGACAGAGUGGAAGGUUGCGAGAGAGGGAGGGGUGGAGGGGAGCAGCAGGGGCGGAGAGGCGGUGAGGAGGCAGGGCGGGUAGAAGGUGAUGCAGGGGGAAAGGGAAGCAAGGCGGGGAAGGGCGGGAGGAGAGAAACAAAGAAAGGCUGUGGGGUAGUGAAGGAGAAGAAGGGGCGAGGGGUUAAGGGUGGUGGUGAGGCGUGCAGAGGGGAGGAGGAAGGGAAUGGGCGUGGCAAGGCUGGGGUAAGAGAGACACAGACAGCAGCAGCAACAGCAGCACCGUUGGAUCCAUCAUCCUUGCAAUCUCCAUCGUUGGAUGCAGCAGCGGGAACAACAGCAGCACCAGCAGGGGAGAGUGCCAGGUUCCCCCCAACACCAUCACAGCAACCAGCAUCAACAGCCAUCCCACCGUUAGUAGCACCAGAGGCUGCAGUCACACAGCCGGGUUACCACCUGCCCUCUCGCACGUCCUCUCACUCUCUUUCCUCCACCUCCAUUCCCCCCCAUGCUUCCACAGCCACUGCUGCUGCUGCCGCCGCUGCUGUUGCCCGCUUCCUUGCAGCAGCAGACUCCCAGCUGCAGCAAUCCCUCUCUCCCUUCCCUGCACCUCCUGAAACCACUGGUAACCCUGUUACACAGGAGAAUGGCUAUCCGUGGUACACUCCUCACCACCCCUCUCAACCGUACUUCUACGUACCAUCCCCAUUCACACCCUAUCCCACCACCGCUCCCAACCCCCCUGGAUCUUGCUUCCCUCUCCGAGCCAUCUCCCUCGGUGCCAUCAACACCCCCCUGCACGCUCCGAACCUCUUUUUCCCAGGCUCGGACCCGAACCGCGCGAACGCAGCAGCAGCUCCUGCUGCUAUAGCUGCAGGCUCGGCACCGAGCCAAGAUGCACCUGGUUCGGGCUCAGCCGGCGCCCAGGGUUCAGCCCAGGGGAGUUGUCUGUCCCAUCCACCCGAAAAUGCUGCUUCCUCCCACCACUUCCCUACACCUGUUGCUGCUGCUGCUGCCGCCUUUCCUCCUCGAAUUCGCUCACUCACUGCCAUUGGUGCAGGCACAGAGAGAGACAGCACCACUGGUGCUGCUACUGCUGCCGCUGCUGCUGCAGCAGCAGGGUCUGGAACGCAGUGGUCUCCCUCCCCUGGCCCCUCACACCCCGCUCUCCCCGCCUUCCCCCCACGAGUGUACUCCCUUGGUUACAACGGUUACACCCAGGGAUACAGUGGUAACCCGCAGUUCACGCAGGCGUUACAGCAGCCAAUGAUAAUCAGCGCCUCUUGUGCUGCUGAUGCAGUGGCUGCUGCUGCCGCUGUUGGAUCCAGUCACUUGGAUCCGCAGCUAAGACAGCAGGCAACACAGCAGCUAGCACAGCACCCACCACAGCAGAAACAGCAGGCGAAAAAAUCCAUUCAGCCUCAGCCUCACCAGCAGCAGCAGCAGCAGCAGCAGCAACACCCUCAGCCUCAGCAGCAGUCGAAGCAGCCGCGGAAGUCAUGCCUCAAGAAGGGGUCAAAGCAGAGCCAAACUCCCAAGACAUCGCCGCAGGAGGCAGGUGCAGCUGCAACAGCACCAGGCAGGCCAGCAGCAGCACGUGCAGGGACAGCAGCAGCACCCAAGGACCCAGCAUCAGCAUGCAGAGGUGGAGUUACCAGCAGCAGCAGCGGUGAGCAGGGGGCAGGGCAGAGACAUGGAAGCAGCGGCAACGGAGCAACUACCAGCGCCCUCCCCUCCAACGCACUGCCGCCUGGGCACAAUGCAUUCCCCUUCCCGCCCUUCCAUCCCUCCUCCUACCACCCCUCCCCCUACCAACCUUUCAUGGACCCAUACACAGGGCUGCCCUGGGGGAUGGCUCCACCAAUAGGAGGGAACCACGUGGCAGCACCUGGUUUCAGUGACCACCAGCCAUGGGUGAUGCAUCCCCAGGAGCAGCAAGUUUCUUUGUCCGCUGCGCAGAGCGGUUGGGGUGCUGACGGUUGGACUGGUGGUAGCACUGAAGGAUGGAGUCAGGGUGAGGGUUUGAAAGCAGGUGGUGCUGGUGCUGCGCUUCCUGCGCAUGUGGGUGCAGGGGCGGAGGGAUUUGAGGUGCAUACAGGGGUGGAGGGAUUUGAGGUGCAUACAGGGGUGGAGGGAUUUGAGGUGCAUACAGGGGUGGAGGGAUUUAAGGUGCAUGACUCGGUGACGCUGCUUCCAGAUGAGAACAGCAGUGGUGAGAGCUGUCAAGUCGAGGGUGGUAAUGGUGCUGUCAGCGGUGGUGGCAGCAGCAGUAGGUGGGUGAAUAAUGGGAAGGACGUUCAUCCAAAUGUGGUGAUCAGGCAGCGCAGCACCACCCCUCCACGUCAGCACCUUUUGCACAAAAAUAGUCAUAACCAGGAGCUUGCGCACGAAGCAUUCGCGGACUAUGGCGCUGAACUGGCGCUAUCAGGGCAUGGGGGAACGGGAACGGUGGCCGCGCGCAAUGUUUCCGCUGUCGAGCUUCUCCGCGCUGGGUCGCGCAAUGAGGGGGCGCGCGGGAGAGGGUGGGUUGCGGGGGAGAGCGACGACGACGACGACGACGACGAUGACGAUGACGCUAACGAUGACGGUGUCGGCGAUGACGGCGAUUAUGACGGAGAGGACGAGCAACAUGGGGAAAUCGAAAGGGAGCAAGGGUCGGUUGAAAGUGCUGAAAACCCUGGACAAUCGGACGCCUGCGUUACCCAAGAGUUCGUCGUCUCGUCGGCUGCCACAAUUUUUCGCAACAAUGCAACCAGCACGCCCGCGGAAAACCCGGCUGACGUGUCCGAAGCCGCUGACAACCGUUUCCCCUCCGCGCCUCGCCUCCCGCGCGGCGUUUCCAAGGAGACUCUUGUGUCGCUCAUCCGCACGGCGGAGGAAGUCGGUGCGCUGCGCGCGACGGAAUCGAAGGACGCCGCAGCGCUGCUGCUCGCAGCCUUGGAAGACAUUUCCGUGCCGUCCGUCCACCGAGCCAGCAGCCUCGGCAAGAUCUCCUGCAGCUCCGGCUCCGGAGCUGCCGCCGCCGCUGCGGCAUCUGCAGCAGCGGCCGCUGCGGCGGCGGCCGCCGCCGCCACCGCUGUAACGGGGCGUUCGAGAAGACCGAUUUUGGGAAGUGGCAAGUUGGCGUGCUUUCCCGGCGCCGACAGCUGCGUGGUUCCUCGAUCUCUCUCCGCCGACCUCCUCACCACUCGUUCCCUCGAGCUAAGGCACUCACUGGAGCUCCGUCAGUUCAUGGAAGAACAGCGUGCUAUCGUGGGGGAUGGGCUGUUGAUUCUCGACCGUUCGAUGGAGAUGCAGCAAAUGGCGGAGAUGGACCCGAUUUCCAUGGAGCAGGAGUAUUCCCCGAAGCACGGCGGCUUUGACGGGUCGAUUGAGUUUGCCGGGUCAACGGCGGUCAACGGCCGGCAUGACUCGUUUGCCCCCACUCGUCUCUCUCUUGCGCGUGAUUUGCCAGAGGAAAGUGAGGAGGGCGAGGAAACGGAGGAUAUUAGUGUUCGGGCUUGGGAGGUGCCUCAGGGUGGGCUGCAAGGAGGGGAGUGGACGCCGGCAGCAGUGCAGAUAGAGGUGGGGAAGGGAGUGGCGUUGCAGCGAUCGACGAAUCAAAUGGCGAGGUUCGACGCUCUUAUGCAAGCUUGGAAAGAAGCUGGUCUGGAGAUCUGGGCAUGA